AUGGUGACUCCCACUCUCGCGCUCUUCUCCUCCCUCCUUGCCGCAUCCAGUGCGCUGGCGCACAUCCAAAUGUCAUGGCCCUACCCCCUGCACAGCUCCCUGAACCCGGCCACCCCUGAGGCUCUGAAGGACUACUCUAUGACAAGUCCGCUGGUUACCGACGGAACGUACCCUUGUAAAGGCUUCAUCACCACUGCCGAUGACAUGGGUUCCAACGCCGAAUGGUCUGCCGGUUCUACCAUCAACUACACCCUUGUUGGUACUGCUACCCAUGGCGGCGGUUCUUGCCAGCUCUCCAUGUCCUACGACAACGGCGAUACCUGGUCCGUCAUCUUCUCCCAUAUCGGCGGGUGCCCCAUGGAGGAGGCCUCCAUGACCACCGACGUCACCAUCCCCUCCGACGCUCCCUCCGGCCAAGCUCUCUUUGCUUGGGGCUGGUUCAACCUCCAGGGUAACCGCGAGAUGUACCACAACUGUGCUCCUGUGACCAUCACCAACGGCGGUUCGGGUCUUACGAACACCGACGACUAUCCCACCCCCUUUGUCGCCAACGCCGAUGUCAAUGACUGUGUCACCAUCGAGAACACUGCCGUCGUCUUCCCCAAUCCGGGCAAGACUGUCAAGUACGGUGGUGACUAUUCGUCUUCGCAGCCGACCGAGGCGGCGGGCUUCACGGGAAGCAACUGUGUGGGACCCAACGCUAGCUCGUCAAACUCUUCUUCGGGUUCGAGCUCGGCGUCUUCUUCGGGUGCUGCCACAGAGGCUUCUACCGCCGCUUCUGAGUCUACUGCCGCUAGCGGUGUGUCUGCCUCUGCCGGUAUCUCCAUCAGCCUCUCGGCCUCUCUCGGUGUCGGCGAAAACGCCCAGGCCACAUCUUCCUCCUCCUACGUCGACGCUUCUUCCCCUUCAUCCGUCUCCGUCUCUUCCUCCGCCGCCUCCGCCACCACCACCUCUUCAUCGACCUCCUCUGGCAAGUCCUGCAAAGCGAAGCGCGCUCUCAAGGCCGCCGACAACGCCCGAGCCCGUCAUGUCCGCCGCGCUCCCAAGCGAUUUGCCGCUUCCAAAGCUUCCCACUCUUCCUCCAAGCGCGAUGUCUCCCCCGAGGCCGUUGUCCAAAAGAGGGAUGGCAAGAGGUAUGCUGCUAGCAAGGCUUCGCACGCGUCGGCGGAGAAGAGGACUGAAGGAGCUGGCUUUGAAGGCAGGGCGGGGGUCAAGAAGUCUGCGGCUAGCAAGGCUUCGCAUCCUAGGGAUGUUAAGCGCGGGCUCGUUGGCAGGGGCAUCUUUGAGACUUCUUCAUGA